UUUACAACUUCACAUUGUAAAUUGCACUUCAUAUAUUAUAAGUAGGAGCUGAGAUGAUGAUGAGCAAGCAAUAUGCAAUAGUAGCUCCACUCAAAUGAACAUGACUCCUUUGUAUAUCAUUUGCUACUUCGUCUACACAACUCUCACUUCCACCAUAUUAUCUCUCCUCCUCGGCCUCCGCCUCCUCCGCCGCCUUCUUUCCUCUUCGAGCACCGACGCCGGAAACGUCAUCGCACUCUAUGAAGGCACCGUCAACCACGAGCGCCGCCACCCCGCCCGCAACUCCUUCCGGUUCACCACCCGUUACGCGCUCCUCGACCUCGACCGCCCGCCCUACGCGCCCCCUGCCUUCCUCUCCGCCGACGAGGCUCGUCGUGCCGCCAAGACAAACGGACCAGUAUUUCUUUUGACAACACCUGCAAGCGUAGGAUAUCGAUGCAGUCCCGUGAAUAUAUACUACUGCUAUGAUAUCCAAGGCUCGAAAAGGAUUUUCAAGAGAUGCCUUAUUGAGGGUUCUAAUACACCUUGGGGUGAAAGUGUAACGUUUGUGUUCAACCCAACCUCCGACUUAGUCCCAAAAUGUGAAUACAUUAGCCCUUUCUCGGAUAUGCUCGGACAUUGGAAGCUUAAAAUGAGUGAGCCGGAGGAGGAUUUAUAUGCGUAUAUGUCUGUUCAACAUCCCAACUUCGGUAAUAAUAAUCUUGUAGCUUCGUUGAAGGCCAAGAAAGUCGAAAUCUCCUCUACUACACGAGAGGAUCUUGAAGCAUUCUUCUGGUUGCAACCACAUAAGAUCACAAUUAUUACCUAUUGGAAUGCUGUUCGACUUUGGUGGAAACGUGUGCCUUUUUACGAACAUCCAAGAAAAGAGAAUCCGGCCUAUAGGGAAGAAGCUAUAGCAAAAAAUGGAAAGACAACUCAAUUUUGCCCUGGAUUUGGAGGGAAAAUUGCAGGAAACGAUGUCGUUUCAUGCGAAGAUCAGACGCUUGAUCGCUGCUACAUGUGGAAAGAUGCUCCAUCGCCAUGGUCAAACCUAAUCGCACCAUAUCCUUAAUUAUCACCAGAAAAAUUAAUUUGUUGCUCUUGUCUUCUUCUUAUAUUUAAAUGCUGAUGGAUGAUUUUGAAUAUAUAGAUAUAUUAUUCAUAUUAUAUGCA